UCCUCUUUCCGUCUCUUCCUGAAAUUGCAAGAUCAUAUAAGAAUUAUAUCCAAAACUGAUUUACCAGGGUUUGGAUAUUUUAAACAAUUGAAGAAUCUUCAUAGAAGAAGUCAUCUGUCUGACCUAAUCCAAAAUUUCACUUACAGAGGGCGAAGAAGUCUUCUUAAUUACCAUACAACCUCAAGGCCAAAGCCUCUUCUCAGUACAACAUGACUUUCUGCAAAGAGCUUUCCAGACUGUCGGCAGCACUCGUCUCCCUGUGUUUCAUGCUUCCUGUGGUGAAAGCAAUGGAUGAAGGCGACGCAAUAGCUGUUCUGCUUGGGGUGGUCAUUACUGUAAUAGGCUUUUGUGCGUGCUUAGGUUUCUAUGCAAGAAAGAGAGAACGACAGCUAUGAAAAAAAAUUUAUUAUUUUAUUUUGCAUUUAGAAAUGUUACUGAGCGUGGGGUCAAAAAAAUAUAUAACUUUUUUACAAUUUUUAUUAUUUCUUUUUUUCAAGUAAAACAAUGGAAGUUUAAAAUGAAAUAAAAUAGUAUGCUAAACAUUAAGAAGUUAAUGAUUAAUUUUAGUCUAUUUUGAUUGUUGAAGAUUGUAUUUGUUUUUCUGUAGUAACCUAUAAAUAUAUAAUAUAUAAUAUAAA